AUGUCAGGAUCAGAGAGCGGUAGUGAAGAAAUACCACACGGAACUCAGUUGACGAUCUUGGUUCUGGAGAGUAAAAGGUUCUACUUGGACGUGAAGGAGAACCAGAGAGGAAGGUUUAUCAAGAUUGCAGAAAUCAGCGCGGACGGACGGAAAAAUCAGAUUCUGAUGACUUUCUCGACCGCCGCUGUGUUCAAUCAGAACCUGUUGGAGUUCAUUGAUUUCUACCAGGAUCUUCAUAAACUGAAUCCAGACCAACUUGUUCAGGGUGAGCUGAAAUCUGAGGUGAUGUACAAAGAUGACAAGAAGUAUCAUAUGGAUCUGAAGGAGAAUGCUAGAGGACGAUUCCUCAAGGUUUCGGAAACCUUUACCCGAGGAUACUCCAGGUUUCAGGUUUUUAUCCCGGCUGAUGGGAUGGUGGAGUUUCAGCAUAAUCUUGGAGAACUCAUUGAUCAAUAUGAUAACGGGGACGCCGAGGAAGCGUUGAACGGUCCGCAGAACAAGCAUCUAAGAAUUGAAAACAAGAACUUCUAUUUUGACGUGAAGAGAAAUCAGCAGGGGAGAUACAUGUCCAUCUCAGAGGUGAAGGGAACGUAUCGGAACUCCAUCCUUAUCCCUGAGUCUGGUUGGGAGAACUUCAGAAAUCUUCUUGAUGAAUAUGUCAAGCAGUCAAAGGAUGCUUGAUUUACUUCUUGUCAAGCCGAGUAGUGUAGGCUUGAUUCUUCCCCGUGUUAAAUAGCUUUAGGUUAUUUUUUCAUCACAUUGUCAAGUUAUCUGAAGAUACUUCUUGAUUCAUAUAGUGUCAAGUACUCAUAUUGUAAAGAUUUUUCUUAAUUUAUACUUAAUGAUGCUUGACAGUGUUAAGUACACACGUGUUAAGCUAUCUUAAGGAUGCUUGAUUAAGAUAGUGUCGAGCAGUCUCAAUUACUUGAUUUUUCUUCGUGUCAAGCUAUGCUAAGAAUGCUUGAUUAAGAUAGUGUCAAGCAGUCUCAAUUACUUGAUUUAUCUUCGUGUCAAGCUAUGCUGAGAAUGCAUGAUUAAGAUAGUGUCGAGUAGUCUCACUAUCUCCGUGUGUCAAGCUAUCUUAUGAAUGAUUGAUUCAGACAAUUGAAUAUCUUCAGUCAAUCAGUUUUAAAAUGCUUGAAUUGUCUCUAUAUCAUCAAGUUUUCUUGAAGAUUCUUGAUUCCGACAGUGUCAAGAAGUUGCAUGAUACUUGAGUUGUGAAUAUCAAGGAGUAUAGAUGCUUGACAUCUAAACAUUUUAAUGACAACGUUGUUUUUUCUCAAUCAUGCAGUUGGUUUGAACUCACGACCUUUUUUCUUGCACUCUCAAUAUCCAAAAAAAGCAAGGGUACGGAUUUUAAAAGAAAAUUAGAUACUUUUGAGCAUUAAUCAUCCAGAUUAGGAUAUAAAUUUGGAUUCAAAACAGACUUCAGCAAGUACAAAAUCUUGCAUCUUUAUUUUAAAAAAUAAAUUCUAAGAAGCAAAUGAGUUAUAUCCCCCCCUCUUCCUCCGCCUCCGGUUCGAUUAACUAUUUUAACUCCAAUUUUAAAAAUUAUUUGUACAAAUACGGGUUGUGAAUUUACAAAACGUAUUUUUUCAAAUUUCUAAUUAAAUUUUAUUUGAAAAUGCAAAUAUACUGCAUGAUUUUGAAAGGUGGGGAUAGAUGUUUCUAAAAUAAAAUAAAAAAUUGUGACGUCUCCCAUUUAAUCCCAUAAAAUCACCCGAUAUCAGUAUUUACCUUAAACUAAAUUUCAAACACUCCUUACUGAUUCACUGUGUAAUGUUUUGGGAUAUUGAACAAUCUUCCAAAAUGUUACGUUUGAGUGAGGUGGUUUUUUUUCGCACUUUCGAUUGUUUGUUUACUAUUGUACCAGUGUAAUUAUUUUAUUGUAUUUCUCCGGGGACACGUAUUUAUCAAUGUCUAAUAUACAAACGUAGAAAAUAUUCACAUUUAAGAUUUAAUAUUCUUCCUUCACACCCUUCACGCUCUUUUUGGACGGUGUUUCUCUUUAUGUAAUAGUCGACCAGUGUUAUUAGGACACGACACGUCCAUGUUUAUCUUGACUCGGUGAUGGAACGGAAAAAUAUUUCCCGCAUUUUUCAAUAUUUCGCGCAAUUUAUUGUUUUUGUUUUUAAUACAUUGGCGACCUGAUCUGUUUUUUUUUCCCGGGGCAAGUGUUGCCUUCCUUAUUUAUAUAUUGAAAUAAUUUGAUAAAAAAAAAAUAUAUUUUAUUUAUAGAAAUUAGUUGCUCACAGAUAAAUUAUGAAAGUAUGAAUCAAUAUCUCGGAUGUUAAAAAUCUCUAUGGAAAAUUUGUUAUAUUUUUGUUGCCACUAUUGGUUGUAAUUUUCAUCACAAAUAAAUAUAGUUUCAACUU